AUGCCAUUCAAAACUUAUUUAAUAAAUAAAACAAACAAUCGAAAAUUUCGACUUGAUGGUGUUCUACGAUCGAGACGUUUGCCAGCUAAACAUAAAUUAUGUCAAAAAUUUCGUCAACAUAUGGUCUUAAGAACUGAUCAACUUCCACCAAAAGUUGAUCUUCGACCAGAUAUGACACCUAUUGAAGAUCAAUCACAAAUUGGAAGCUGUACGGCUAACUGUCUUGCUGGAGCUUAUGAAUAUUUAACAAAGAAAUCAAAUGGUAUGAAUAUGGAUGUUAGUCGUUUGUUUAUUUAUUAUAAUGCACGAAUUAAAGGAAAUUAUUGA